ACACAAUUUUUUCCUACGUAAAUUUUGACUUAAAUGCAUAUAAUGGUGAAUUAAAAGAGGGUAUAUUUAAGGAUUAUUUGUUUCGCAAAAAACGAUUGAAAUAUAAAUCAAACUAAUCCGGAAAUAUAUAAGGCAACAAAAUGCAUUUUCUUUUUAAUUACAUUCUGAUUAUAUUAUUCAUAAUCCAAAACUAAUAUUUUAUGUAGGAAAAAGUUUUUAUAUCGUAGUUAUACUGCUACUUAAAUAGGCAUUAAUUAUACUUAAGGCCCGGGCUUUUUGUCGCCCAUGAAAAGUAUCUGUCAAACAAAACAGUCCGCCUGGCAUUUGUAAUUAGGAAUCAAAGAAAAUCGCGCGAAACACGAGCCGUUUAAUCUGCAAAGUCGAUGUAAGAAAAAGAGCCGCUUUCAGUGCGAUAUCUGUUUCAAAGGAAACCCGAUACUCCACGGUAUACAUUAAUACGAAAAUUCUUUCAGAUAAAUAUUAAGAAAAUUAUAAGAUGCUAAUAAAUUUGGCAUAUCAGUUCAUCUUUUGUCCCAGCAGUAAAGACAUGUUAAAAGUUAGGGGUAUUUUGUGUAUUAAUCAUAUUAGCUUUUAACUCCCUAUUUAUACGCAUUCAUUUACAGGUUAAGCUAAAGAAAACAAGUUUUAUACCUUCCUUGGGAAAUUUCUUUAUUACGAAACAGCCGUGUUGAAGAAUAUUAAUGGCACAAUUAUUUUAUUAUGAAUAUAAUGAAUAAAAUAUUUGAUAUAAAAAUUACACAGGAAUUAAUGAGAUGAUAACGUUAUAAAAGAAUGAACAUAUUUUCGGGUAAUAUCUAGGCUAUGUGUAUUCCUAUUUUAUGUCCCUAUUGAAAUUUUAAUCAUGUCUAUAUGUGCACUUUGUCUGUGAUUACAGUCUCAUCAUUCAAACUAAUCUGGCUGUCUGAUCGAGGGAAACAGUUUAACUACUUUAUUCAGCAUUAUUUUUAUCUUGUCGUUGACUUUUGGAUGACUUAGUGAAAUGCUGAAGAUAUGAUUUCUCUCAGCCGCAAGUAGCCUUCCUUCGUAUACAUGUGUUAAUUAAGGUAGCGUGUUCUGUUUUAAAAAAAAAAAGUUUGUUUUUACAAAUCGAAAAGAUCAUAGAAGAACGGGAAUGUGGAUUAAACAAUUUAGGAAAAACCAUGUGCAGAUGAAAGUCAUUUGUCACUAAAAUAUGAAAAACCUCGGUCAGUCUUUUCGUUUUGAACACACAAAGAGGGGUACAGUAUUUGAGGUUUUAGAAUUGAAGGGCGCAUGCAUUAGAGAAAGUCGGAUGUGAGAGAACUUAUAAACUCUGUAACUGUAGAUAAUAUUUGAAUUUUUGUCAUAGAAUGUAAAGUUGGUUAAUACUCAGACAUCUUUUCAAAUCUGUCAAACUGCCAUGUGUGCUGUUUGACAUCUAUUUAGUUUUAGAUUCAUGUGGCUCGUCCAUGUUCGAGUGGAAGGGGUAUAAAUCAGUGCAGAACAAAAAUAUUACGGUUAGUAAAUGAAGAGUUAAGUCCCAUUUCUGGUAUUAGAACAAAACUUCACAAUAAUAAAUGGAUAAAAACACAACUAACAUGUUUUCUGUACAACGUUUCAGCCAGAUUCACACAAAAUCAAUCGACUGAACGUAGCAUAUUCAUAAUGUUAACAUUUUGUCAGUCUUGUAAUAAUUCUGAAUUAUAAAAAAAAUACUUAUAUAAUUAAAUCGUACUGAAAACAUGCAUUUAUUUUCGUUCAUUUUUUCGAAGUGCCUGAAUCAAAACCUGUGAUUUAAAGUUUUUAUACUACAAAUAUAGGUAGAUUUAUCUUUAAAAUAAAUAUAGCUUUUUGAUAAUAUUGUAAAUUCUAUUGAAUUUUAAUCAUUACACUAUCAGAAUACCCUGAUAACUUUAUGCAAAUUACAAAUAAACUGUACACUAAAUGUUUAUUUUUCACUUUUAAUUUUAGUAAAGCUAUGUUAAAGCACUUUAUUAAUUUAUCUUAAAAUAUUGGUAUUUAUCCGCAACACAUACCAGACCAUAGCGUGUGUGACAGUUUCGGGGAAUAUUACCGUGUAAAUUCAGUGAUCUUUUCUGCAUGGAGUACUGAAAUUUAGUAUUGAUCAAUUACAGAACUACGACAUUUACAUUUUUAUAUUCAAAUUUUCUCAAAUGCCCGGGUUUUUAGUUGGUGUCGGUAAAGCAGGAGAUGUGGCAGAACGGUCGCCGGCGGUCAUAUCAGCCAACCUGAAGGAAGACAUGUUGUUGCAGAAGAAAUUAGUGAUUUUAAACAGGUCAGAGAGAAGUGUAGUACAUCAGAUAAAAGUUGAUCAAAAAGUUAUGUACAAGAGGUUCCAGGCUCGUUUAACAUGUUCAAAGCUUGCGCAUGCGCGGCUUAUGGGACAAAGAGAACUGCAAAUGCAACUGAGAGCUAAAACACUCGGUACUUUGAAUACUGAUAUCGCCGGCAAUUCUGAUGAAGACUACGCGUUUCUUGUGAAGCUAGAGCAGAGACCUUGUACCACGAGCUCGUUUUCACCCAGGAGUGAGUACAAACCUCCACCUUUGAAACAGAAUAUACAGCCGAAACCGGAGUCAAAACUGGAGGAACCAUCUAAACAGGCUACAAAACUUAAUAACGGGCGUUCCUCAUCUGCUAAAGCAAGAUGUCGUGAGAAUAAUGUAACCGGAGAAAAAACUAAAGGAAGCAACAUUAUACGACCAUGUGGUGAACGAGCUGUUACAUUACGUCCAGCAACAACACUGGGGACAAGGGUUGAGGACGAUUUCAACCGCCACCAGCAGGACGUGGCAGCACAUGAAAAGGAAAGUUACAGCAGUAGUGGUGGUAACGACGAAGAAAAAGACAUUGGUAUCAGUGAAUCUUUAUCAAGUACCAGAAUUUAUAAGCAAGAUGGGGGUAACAAAAAUGACUCUAGUGACAAAAAUAGCGAGACUUCAGAUGUUAACGGUGGAAAAUCGAAGUACAAACCAAAUGUUGCAUUCCUUGAAAAUUUAGAUUUCGGAGAUGCUCGUCCAAAGACUGCUGCUGAUUUAACACAGUGGGAUAACUCUAUUCCGUCAUCCCCAACAUCACCUAAACAACUUAGUCGUCGAGCAAGUCGAGCAGCCGACUUCUUCCAAGCGGAAGAGAAAGUAGACUUAGUCGCACUUAGACUUCAAGAGGCCAAGACGCUCGAUUUCACUGAUAAUGUUCAUCAAUUUUGUAAGGAACUAGAAGAAAUGAAAUGUGCACACACAAGCCCGGAUGUUGAUUAUUAUUCAAUGAGGCUUCAGCUUGCGUUUGACCAGGUCCAUUCUAAACCACUGGUUGAGGUACCUGGGACCCCGGACGAUGAAAACAAACGGUCUAUGGGAGAUGUGUUCGUCAAAAGUUUAACCUUGCCACCAAUUAACUUUUAUGAUAAUUAGCUUGAAGAAA